GUCAUCGCUUCCUGACUGGCCAGCCAAGGCGAGCGGCUGAGCCUUGACUGCACCGGGCAAUCAACGUGUCCGCGGAGGAAAUUGAGCUGUUAAAAUUUCCGUCGGCCUUGGUCUGUACGUGCCGGGUCUUGCUGUGCCGCGAGCAGGCGGUGAGCGCGCUGCCAGCCUCCUCCGGCAGGAGUUACGCAAAACCCCGAGUCCUUCAGCCUGUCGAUUCCACCCCGGUGUGCGUUCGUGUGAUCGCAGCUGGGGCGUUCAACCUGGGCACCUGCUCUGACAGCGCCUGUAGGAACAGGAGCGCCAAGGCUUGAUUCGGGUGGCGGCGCCGUGACCACCAUCGCGCCCCUCCUGUGGAAGUCUGCACCCAGAGAGAAAUGCCCGCGGGUGACAGAGCUGCGGUCAGCACUCGGGGGCCACCCUCUCUUCGGGACAGCCGGCUGUGAAGAGCCCGGAGCACCAGCCAGGCAACCCCGAGGCCUGAGAGCAGCCAGGAUGCCGCGCCGCACCAUCCAUCUCUUCCGGAAGGGGCUGCGGCUGCACGACAACCCGGCGCUGCUGGCCGCGCUCGAGUCCUCGGAGGUCGUCUACCCAGUCUACAUCUUGGACAGAAAGUUCAUGACGUCCGUGAUGCACAUAGGGGCCCUGCGAUGGCACUUUCUGCUGCAGUCCCUGGAGGAUUUGCAGAAAAACUUGUGUCGGCUGGGCUCUCGCUUGCUGGUUAUUCAAGGAGAGUAUGAACUCGUUGUUAGAGAUCACGUCCAGAAGUGGAACAUCACACAAGUGACUCUGGAUGCGGAGAUGGAGCCGUUUUACAAGGAGAUGGAAGCCAACAUACGGUGUCUGGGAGAAGAGCUGGGGUUCAAGGUGCUUUCUGUGGUGGGCCACAGCCUUUAUGAUACCAAACGGAUUUUGGACCUGAAUGAUGGGGCUCCCCCAUUAACAUACAAGAGGUUCCUUCACAUUCUGUCUCUGCUUGGGGAUCCUGAGGCGCCUGUCCGAAACCUUACAGCUGAAGACUUCCAGAGGUGUAGGCCCCCUGACCUGGACCUGGCUGAGUGUUACAGGGUGCCUCUCCCCGCGGAUUUGAAGAUUCCCCCUGAGAGCAUCUCCCCCUGGAGAGGAGGGGAGACUGAAGGGCUGCAGCGCCUGGAGCAACACCUGGCUGACCAGGGCUGGGUGGCAAAUUUUACUAAACCGAGAACAAUACUGAAUUCACUGCUUCCAAGUACCACAGGCCUGAGCCCCUAUUUCAGCAUGGGUUGUGUGUCAGUUCGCACCUUUUUUUAUAGGUUGUCAAACAUUUACGCUCAGGCCAAGCAUCACUCUCUGCCACCAGUAUCACUCCAAGGGCAGCUUCUGUGGAGGGAGUUCUUCUAUACGGUAGCAUCAGCAACACCAAACUUCACCAAAAUGGCUGGGAACCCCAUCUGCCUUCAGAUCAGUUGGUAUGAAGAUGCAGAGAGGCUCCACAAAUGGAAAACGGCACAGACGGGCUUCCCUUGGAUCGAUGCGAUUAUGACCCAGCUGCGCCAGGAGGGCUGGAUCCAUCACCUUGCCCGGCACGCUGCCGCCUGCUUCCUGACACGUGGGGACCUUUGGAUCAGCUGGGAAGAGGGCAUGAAGGUGUUUGAAGAGCUGCUUUUAGAUGCUGACUACAGCAUCAACGCGGGGAACUGGAUGUGGCUGUCGGCCAGCGCGUUCUUCCACCAGUACACGCGUAUCUUCUGCCCCGUCCGCUUUGGGAAGCGCACGGACCCUGAGGGACAGUACAUACGGAAGUACUUACCUGUCCUAAAGAACUUUCCUUCCAAAUACAUCUAUGAGCCCUGGACAGCCUCUGAAGAGGAGCAGAAGCAAGCAGGAUGUAUCAUAGGUAAAGACUACCCCUUCCCAAUGGUGGACCACAAGGAAGCCAGCGAUCGCAACCUGCAGCUGAUGAAGCACAUCAGAGAGGAACAGUACAGAACAGCCCAGCUCACGAGAGAUGACACAGAUGACCCAAUGGCAAUGAAGCUGAAGCGUGACCACUCUGAAGAAAAUGUAACAAAGGCAAAAGCAGCCAGGAUGACAGAGCAAACCUAGAUACCACCAGGGAUUAUCCUCUGAGUGCGGAAGAAUGACAAAAGGGGAGAACCAGAGACCAGCUGAACAGGACAAACUGUACUCAGUACUUUGCUCUGCGAGUGGUGCUUCUUGUUUGUGAACUGACCUCCAGCAAAAGUUUUGUAUCUUCAAUGUAUUUGUUAGUGCAGCUACUUCAAAUUAAGUUGUCUGUCUGUAAGUGGCUUAGAAGUCAUUUGUUGCAGCUCUUAGGUAAAUUCAAGUGAUUUGGACAGGACGUGUUGCUUUAGCAUUGUUCAAAUCCAUUUGAUGUUCAUGCAUCUGUAUAAAUAGUUUUAAUGAUAAAUACUGGUCUUUCCAAUGUGACAGAUAUGUGCCAGUUUAGGAAUUUAGGAAUUCAGGAAUUGUGUGUUCACAUUCAUGUUAAAAGCAAGAUUUGCCUGUCUUAUAUAGACAGAGAUUGAGGGAUUUCAGGUACAGCUUAAGUUCAGUUUUUGCUUGCAGUCCCCCAUCUGGAGAGAUACAGGGGAAUGUAGCCCAUCGUAAAAUUGUGUGUAGUUCUUAGGACUUAAAUAAGACUUCUUGUGCAUUUUAAGGACAUUAUUGCAAAGUUUUUCAGUGGAUUAAGGCUGAUGUACAACUUCACCAUAGCUGUCCUUCCUGACCAAUUCCUCUAGAACUGUAGGAUAGGUAUUAUAUCUAUCACAUACCGCAUGUCAAAAUUCACCCAUCCAUUGAAAUGCCUCCUUGUGUUUCGCAAGGCUGGAUUAGUCAGUUUUCUUUGUUAUGGUUGGGGUUUUGGUGGACAUGGGAGGAGUGGAGUGGGUUUUUAACCACUGCGGGUACUUCUUUUGUUUUUAAAAGAAAUAAAAACUAUUUCUGACGU